GUCGGUAGCAUAAAGCUUUCGCCCGUAGCGCAACAGCGCACGGCUGGCUCGGGUGAGAGAGACAGGGAAGGCGGAGGGGGCGGAGGCUGGGCGGCAGAGGCGGCGCCGUCACUCUGUUCUUGCGCUCAUCUCCAGAGGAAGCUGCAAAUUGCUGCAGGGGAGCGUCACGGUUCAGCAAUGGCAGCUCCGAAUACCUACGCCGUCCAUCUCUCCUCGGAGACCCACAAGAUCGAGGCCUGGUGCGAAUCGGACGAGGCUUUGGCUAAGCAACUGCAGGAGGAGGAGGAUUCGCUCGCUACAAGGGAAUUUGCCGGCAGCGUGUCCUUGGAACCAUCAUCACCAGCUGUUGAGUAUAGGCCUGCCAAUAAUGCAGCUCAGGUGGCGACAGAAGAUAAUGUCGAUCCGGAUAAUAUGUCAUACGAGCAACUGCAAGCAAUCGGUGAAGAAGUAGGAACUCAGUCCAGAGGAUUAUCUGAUGACCUGAUCAGCUACCUGGAGCCUUUUAGGAACAAAUGUAACUUCUUCUCCUGCAAAAAGAAUACCGAUGAGUACGUGACAGUUAGUUUUACUCUGAAUCGAUCAUCAUUUUGUAACCCUAUGAUGAACAAUAAUCGUGUGAUACCCCCAUGCAGAUGUGUGAUCUGCAAAUCGAGCUAUAAAAGCCUACAGAAGUUGAUAAGAUUGCCCUGCAGCCAUUGUUACCAUGCAAAUUGCAUAACUCGCUGGCUUAAGAUUAACAAGGCAUGCCCAGUCUGCAAUGAGGAGGUAUUCGGUUAACUUGCGAUGUUAGUGGAGACGUUGUGGCCUCCUCGCCGCAUCAUGAUAAUGGACAAUCUUGCUCUCCUAUAGCCUAUUAUACUAUAAAAUACUUGAUGGUCUACCGUGCUUUAAGAACAAAUGUAUUUCGGAUCAUGCCAUGUUUGAUGUCCCCCAACUUUGUUUUGUCAUUAAGGUAAUGAUAAAUAUGUGCGGGCAGUGGGUUAUAUAGUUCGCAAUUUUCCGAGAA